AGUAUACAGCUUUUUUUCAAGUUUAGUUUUUGGUUCAAGUAUUUUUAGUUUUAAUUAUUUUAUAACUAUUUAUUUUAUAAUUAUUUAGAAUAUUUUAUAAAUUUAAAUUUUUUUUAAAAUAAUUUAGAGUGCAAUAUUGUUCAAAUAAAUUACUUUAUAACAAUGAUUCAAGCAGAGAUUUCAUGUCAUGUUUUUGUGGUUGAGUGAUUCUCAUUACAUUGCAUUGCAUUGCAUUUUCUUAGCACAAAAACAACCAUGAAAACCAACUAUGAAUAAUAAUAUCGAAAACUUAUGCCUUUCUCUGUUGACGAAAUGCAAGACCCUCCAAACUACAAAGCAGCUCCAAGCAUUCAUGUGCAAAAAUGGCCUCGAAAACCAUCCAUUACUCGCCGGAAAACUCCUCCUCCACUGCGUCCUCACCAUCUCCGACGCUCUCGACUAUGGCCGCCGUCUCCUUUCUUACUCUCCACGCCCUGAUGCUUUCAUGUACAAUACACUUAUUCGAGGACUCGCCGAAUCCGAUUCACCAGAUAAUGCUGUGCAUGCGUUUAUGGAAAUGCGUCUGAAAUCGAUAUCUCCCAUAGAUAGCUUCACUUUUGCGUUUCUUCUUAAGGCAGCGGCUAAUUUAAGGUGUUUUAGAUUUGGGAUGGAACUCCAUUGUCAAGCUCUCCUUCGUGGACUUGAUACCCAUCUCUUUGUUGGGACGACUCUUGUAAGUUUGUAUGCAGAAUGCGGGUCUUUGAACUUUGCCCGCAAAGUGUUCGACGAAAUGUUUCAACCAAAUGUGGUUGCUUGGAAUGCCAUUCUUACUGCUUGUUUUAGAUGCGGGGAUGUCAAGAGUGGGCAAGAGUUGUUUGAACGGAUGCCUAUUCGGAAUUUGACUUCGUGGGAUAUUAUGCUCGCUGGGCAUGUGAAAGCAGGGGAGCUUGAGCUAGCUAGGAGGACGUUUUUAGGGAUGUCCUUAAAGGAUGACGUUUCUUGGAGUACUAUGAUUGUUGGGUUUGCUCAAAAUGGUUGUUUUGAUGAAGCUUUUGGACUUUUUAGAGAGCUUCAUCAGCUGGGAUUGAAGCCAAAUGAAGCUAGUUUGACUGGGGUACUAUCUGCAUCUGCACAAGCUGGGGCAUUUGAAUUUGCCAAAAUCCUUCAUGGUUUCAUUGAGAAGGCUGGGUUCGUAUGGAUAGUUUCAGUGAAUAAUGCGCUUCUUGAUGCUUACUCCAAGUGUGGGGAUGUACGUAUGACUCAAUUAGUCUUUGAAAGAAUGUCUGAGAGGAAGAGUAUUGUUUCUUGGACUUCAAUGAUAACAUCGCUUGCAAUGCAUGGUUAUGGUGCAAGAGCUAUACAGCUUUUCCAUAAGAUGGAAAAUCAUGGAAUUAAGCCGGAUGGGGUCACUUUCAUUUCAAUUUUAUAUGCUUGCAGUCAUGCUGGUUUAAUUGAAGAAGGACAGAGAUAUUUCUCAAAGAUGAGAGAUAUCAAUAUAGAACCUACCAUUGAACAUUACGGUUGUAUGGUUGAUCUUUAUGGGCGAGCUGGGAAACUGGAGAAGGCCUAUGAGUUUGCUUGUGAAAUGCCAGUUUCGCCGAAUGCCAUCAUCUGGCGGACGCUUUUAGGGGCUUGCAGCCUUCAUGGCAAUGUCAAACUGGCAGAAGAAAUAGAGAAAAGACUUUCGAGAUUGGAUCCUAACAAUUCUGGGGACCAUGUUCUUUUGUCAAAUACAUAUGCCAUUGCUGGGAAAUGGGAAGAUGUUGCUUCGGUAAGAAGAUCUGCGAGUGAGCAGAAAAUAAGAAAAGCUCCUGGAAGGAGCACGAUUGAAGUUGAGAAGCUAGUUUACAGUUUUGUUGCAGGUCAGAAACAAAACGAGGUUGUGAAAGAAGCUUAUGAGAAGUUGAGGGAAAUAAUGUUGAGACUUAAAGUUGAAGGUGGAUAUGUGCCUGAAAUUGGGAGUGUUCUACAUGAUAUAGAAGACGAGGAAAAAGAAGAUUCAGUGAACAUGCAUAGUGAGAAACUGGCUGUAGCUUUUGGGAUGGCGAGAUUAGGACAAGGAAAGGUUUUACGAAUUGUAAAGAAUUUGCGUAUCUGUAGAGACUGUCAUGUGGUGAUGAAGCUUAUUUCUAAGGUUUAUGGACUGAAGAUAGUGGUGAGAGAUAGAAGUCGGUUCCACUCAUUCGAAGCUGGAUCUUGUUCAUGCGGAGAUUAUUGGUGAAAUAUGAGCAACUAUUUACAAUUGGAGUGUUCAGAGACUCCAAUAACAAAAAUAAAUAUUUUAUCUUGUUUAGCAGGAAAUAAUUUGCAUUUUUGAAGCAUUUACAAGAGGAAAAUAAA